AUGACACAAUUCGCGCCAUUGAAGAACGAUUUGCUGCUGAGGGCCGCUCGGGGCGAAAAGGUCCCGCGCCCGCCGAUCUGGGUUAUGCGACAGGCCGGCCGCUACCUCCCCGAAUACCACGAAGCUAAGGGCAACCGGGACUUCUUCGAAUGCUGCCGGAACCCCGAAAUCGCCAGCGUCAUCACCAUCCAGCCCGUCGAACGGUACGCCGGCCUAAUUGACGCCGCCAUCAUCUUCUCCGACAUCCUCGUCAUCCCGCAAGCGAUGGGCAUGACCGUCGAAAUGGUCGACAAGAAGGGCCCCCACUUCCCCAACCCCCUGUGCUCCCCGGACGACGGGCAAUACGCCGAGAUCAUGAAGCGGGAUGUGGAUGUGAAGAGCGAGCUGGACUACGUGUACAAGGCGAUUACGCUGACGAGGCAGAAGCUUGAGGGCCGGGUUCCGCUUAUUGGGUUCUGCGGUGCGCCGUGGACGCUGCUGUGCUAUAUGGUUGAGGGUGGUGGCAGUAAGAUGUUUGUGCAGUCGAAGACGUGGGUGUAUAAGUACGGAAAGGAGUCGCAGGCUCUGUUGCAGAAGAUUGCGGAGAUCUGUGUCGAGUAUCUGGCGUUGCAGGUUGCGGCGGGUGCGCAGUUGGUUCAGGUGUUUGAUUCUUGGGCUGGGGAGUUGAGUCCGGCUUCGUUCAAGUCAUUCUCCCUGCCGUACCUGCGGUAUAUCUCGGCGAAUCUGCCGCGGAGGUUGAAGGAGAUGGGCCUUGAGGUGGUCCCUAUGACUGUCUUUGCCAAGGGUGCUUGGUAUGCUCUUGAGGAUCUGUGCGAGUCCGGAUAUAACGUUGUUGGAUUGGACUGGCUGCAUGAUCCCGCCGAGGCCUUCCGGAUUGCCAAUGGACGGGUGACGAUCCAGGGUAAUGCUGACCCUGGCGUUCUUUACGGAGGGCGUGAGGCCAUUACGCAGGCUGUCGAGACUAUGGCUGAAGGGUUCAAGAAGGGCAAGCAAGGGUGGAUUGCGAACUUGGGUCAUGGUAAGUAUUCUCGCUCUUUAUGCAAUAUACGUGCUAACGGUAUAGGUGUAACACCAUUUGUGAAACCCGAUGAUCUCAAAUUCUUCUUUGAGGAAAUUCACCGGUUGACAGCCGAUUAA